AUGUUAGUCUCUACCAAUCUGUACCCUGGGCACAGUCCCGUUACUCUUCAAGUUUUUCCCGAUCUCACCAUUCAAGGGACUAGCGGCCCCGCCAAUGUUAUAAAUUUCCUGGGCUUGAAAUAUGCAUCUAUAUCGGCACGUUUUCGUGAGGCAGUGCCCACUGGCAGCCUCAAAACACAUACUGGUGAAAUCGACGCCACACAGUACGGACCGCGUUGUGCCCAAUGGGUGAUGCCCGCCCUGGAUUCAGUGCAGGAGAGUUUUUCGGGAUACAAUCCACCUUCCAAGCUUCCUGAUUCGGAGUUCGAUUGCUUUGUCGUGAACGUGUACACUCCACCGGAUGGAUUGCAGAAAAACGAACGCUUGCUUCCUGUCCUGGUACAGAUUCAUGGUGGCGCACUCUCGUUGGGGGACGGUAACUCUAUGGCCGAUGGAAACGCACUCGUCCGACACGGAAUCGAUCAUGGAAAGCCCUUUAUAUUCGCCUCAUUCAAUUACAGGCUGGGACUAUUUGAAUUCCUGAACUCAGAUGAGCUGGUCAAUGAUGCAAAAACUCAGAGAGAGACUGGUUAUCGUUGCUUGGGCUUUCAUGAUCAGCGGCUGGCAUUGCACUGGAUUCAAGAAAAUAUUCACCUAUUUGGUGGAGACUCCCAGAAUAUCACCGUAGCUGCGUGCCAUUAUCAUGUCGCCGCCAAGUUGGCCUUUUCAAACCCCCGAAAGGCGCAAGAAAAGUUCAAUGAGUAUGUCUUCCGGUGUAGUCUGCCGCUAUCUACUUCUGCGGAAGCCAAAAUUGAGGCUCUUCGUCAUGCUUCCGUGGAGCAGAUGGUGGCCCUGCUAGGUCAUCCAGCCGUAUCUGCAACGUAUGAUGAAUCUUUCUUCGGAUCCAAGUACGAAGGUCUCACUUGUGAGCAGAUGAGGACGCAUAGCUGGUUGGGAAAGUUGGUGGUUGGCUGGACCAAGGAUGAAAUGGCUCUAUGGAGUCUGGUAUGGCGGAAACUCAACACUUCACAGAUCAUAGCAAAGAUUACCAGCACAGUUCCGGAUCCUGACUUCGCAGAAGAGAUCCUCAGUAGCUAUGGAUUCUCAGAAGAAAUGGAAGAUGCAGCAGCGCUUCAACAAAUGAUCCAACUGGGUACCGACUCCCUCUUCACAGGUCCUCCCCUCCUGACAGCAAAACUCAGUCCUGGUCCUGUGAGCGUGUAUAGGUUUGAUGAGAUAGAUAUGGAUCCUGAGAGCAAGAUGAAGGGCUACUCUCCCCAUGGGUUUGAUUGCAAUUCCUUUUUCCGACUACCCUCCGCAGUAGGACCGACUGCAUCAACCAGUGCGAGGAAAACAGCUGACGCCAUGGCAGACAUGGUAUUUGACAUUACUUACGACCAAGAGCCUUGGCUAUCAAUGGAAACUACUAAUGAUGUUCCGAAAUUCCAGCCCAUGGUGUUCAGAGAUGGCCUGUCUGGACCAUAUCCCAUUGAUGGGCUCGAUCGGGUGGCGCGGUUGACUUCAGAUCAACGGCGGCACGACAUGUUCACUGAGAUAGGCCAUCUUUUUGUUGCUACAAGUUCCAUUUUUGGAUAA